AUGAGUUUGCAGUUCCUGCCGGCUCCAGCAACGCCCCGGGUCAGUCCGGGGCGUUGCUCUGUUGCAACUCCGAAGGCGCCAAGGCAGGGAGGGACCGGUAGGCGAAGGGCAGCCGCGCUCUUGCACCCUGUUUCAGUCCUCCAGUCGCUGUUGAAUGGAAUUUCCAUCUCCAGUCUCAGCCAAAGCAGGCAAGGCGGACAACCUCGCCCUGGCAACUAUAUCUUGAGGAAGAUGCAUAAUAUGAGUAAAGUGACAGAAGACCUAGAGACCAAGCGGGUUGCCCAGUCCCAGACUCAGCCCCAGAUCUGGUGCAGCAGCCACACCUGGUCUGCCUCACAUCACUCGCUGAACAGCAUAUCUCUGCGACUUGACAGGCAGGAAGCGAAGCCAGCUGGACAGGCCAGUACUGAUGCAGGCACUGCAGGAGCCCUGACUCCACAGCAUGUUCGAGUUCAUUCCUCUCCAGCUUCUCUGCAGUUGGGAGCUAUUUCUCCUGGGACACUGAACCUGAACCCCACUGGAGUAGUCUCUGGCCCAGCAGCUACACCCACAGCUCAGUCUCUUCGACAGUCUUCUUUUGAGAUACCUGAUGAUGUACCUCUGCCAGCAGAUUGGGAGAUGGCAAAGACUUCUUCUGGUCAGAGAUACUUCUUAAACCACGUCGAUCAGACAACAACAUGACAGGACCCCAGGAAGUCCUUGCUGUCUCAGAUGAACGUUACAGCCCCUACCAGUCCACCAGUGCACUAGAAUGUGAUGAACUCGGCCUCAGGUCCUCUUCCUGAUGGAUGGGAACAAGCCAUGACUCAGGGUGGAGAAAUGUACUAUAUAAACCAUAAGAACAAGACCACCUCUUGGCUAGACCCAAGGUUUGACCCUGAUUUUGGUAAAGCCAUGAACCAGAGAAUCAAUCAAAGUGAUCCAGUGACACAGCCACCACCCCUGGCUCCCCAGAGCCCACAGGGAGGCGUCAUGGGUGUCAGCAACUCCAACCAGGGGCAACAGAUGGGACUGCAGCAACUACAGAUGGAGAAGGAGAGGCUGCCGCUGAAACAGCAAGAACUGCUUCGGCAGGAGAUAGCACUGCAUAGCCAGUUACCAACACUGGAGCAGGAUGGUGGGACUCAAAAUCCAGUGUCUUCUCCCGGGAUGUCUCAGAAAUUGAGAACAAUGACGACCAAUAGCUCAGAUCCUUUCCUUAACAGUGGCACCUAUCACUCUCGAGAUGACAGUACAGACAGUGGACUAAGCAUGAGCAGCUACAGUGUCCCUUGCACCCCAGAUGACUUCCUGAACAUGGAUGCCAUUUCUUUUGCCCAGUUAAAUUGGUUUGCAGUAGCGGCCGACCUGCUGGAAAAGAAUCUUGCUGAGAUCCAGAACCUGCGCCAGCAUCUGGAGAAGUCCGUCAGCCUCAGUGUCCGCCUGAGGGAGAGGCUGGAGCAUGUGCUCAGCAAUGGUGACCAAGGAAAAGGAACCAUGAAUUCAGAGAUCAAUAAAACAUCUGAACUUUCAAGGGGAUCCAGAUCCCUGCAAACCCAAAGAACCAUCAGGUUCCUGAUUCGCGUGCUGGACCUUGGGCUUACCGCUGAGCCACUAUGGAGAGGAUCGAGAAAUGAAACUCCAGGAAGGAGAGAAGCUGCGGGCGCGGCAGUCACCUCAGAGGUCCAAGAGGCCUCAGCGGCCCAAAGAAAGGGGAGGUGUGUGGGGAAGAAUCUGCGUGGAGAUGAGAGGAGCGGCGGACACUUGAGCAGAGGUGGCCAGUGGACCCUCGGGGCUGUACCCCAGACACCGUGGACCGAAUUUGCUAACAUCGUCAGCCACCGCGGCCUCCGCGUGUUUUGUGGGCCCAUCGGUGUUCCGCGAGGGAUUCCGAGGGUCGAGAGGAGCCUCGUUGAGCCAACGCAGCCCUUUGCCUGGCUGGCCCUGGUCAACAGGCUCGGAAGAGGCCGAUUUGGAGGACAGAACGAAAGAAAAGACCUAAAGGUUUCGAAUCUCAUGAUGUCAAGAUGUUAA